UAAAUACGCCCUACGCACCAUCCUUCUUCUGCACUCUCUCUCAAAACGUCACAAACCCCACAUCCUCUCUGCAACUGCGAGUCUGCAACACUCUCUUAUACAGAGAAAGCCAAACUAGCUGCCGAAAGAGAUGACCGGAUCCAUGUGGACUUACAUCACCAGCUGGUUCGCACCCACCUCUCUCUUCCUCGUCUUCAACCUCGUCGUCGGUACAAUCUUCAUCAUUUCUCGAUUUGGCGCUGAAAGAAGACCACAACAUGACAACUUUAGUUCCGACCAUCCAACUCCACUUGCCCGAUCCUCGUCACUCCUCGACAGGGUCAGGUCCAUAAACGUCUCCGGCUACAAAUUUGAACAGCAUGAACCACAAGCCCAAAUACACUACAUGCAUGACCCGGCGGGUCCGAAUCAACUUGCUCGAGCUCCUUCUCUGCUCGAACGGGUGAAGUCCAUUAACUUCCCUUCUUUUCACCGACCCGAUCCGAUUUACCAGGAGCGAGAGUUCGACCCACACACCGACUCGGAUGCCAACAUAAUUCCGGACGGUCCGCCUCCACUUUCUCGAGCCCCUUCCCUACUGGAACGCGUGAAGUCUAUCAACUUAUCUUCUUUCUACCGACCCGACCCGACAAGCCAUGAGCCGGAAUUCACUCCAGAAACCGACAUCGACGACAACCUAAUUCCGGACCGGAGUCCAUACAAUGACAAUCUCAAUCACCAUGUGAGUAAAAGUAAAUCGGAGAUUGGACUAUCGACUAAGCCUUCUGGGCAGAGGGAGAAGAUGAAGAAGUCAGCAAGUGAGAAAUCGAAGAUGGCGCUGCUCGAUGAUGAACAACAGGAAGACAGAGAGAGCAUAGAGAAGAGGAGGCCGGCGACGAUGAAGAUUGAGAAAACGGUGUCGUUUGGGGACGAGGGAGUGGAUGCCAAAGCCGACGAUUUCAUCAACAAAUUCAAGCAGCAGUUGAGGUUGCAGAGGCUAGAUUCCUUAUUGCGUUACAAGGACAUGUUCAAGGCAAAGUGAAAUCCGUAAAAAGAGAAAAAGUAAAAAAAAAUAAAAAAAUCAGUCCUGCUUUAGCGGCCUUUUCUUCUUUUCCGUUUUCCAUAGAAAGUAGAGUUUUCUUGGCAGAGCUGAGGGUGAUAUUCUCUGCAACGCAUGGAUAUUAUGGUCAUUUGAGCAAUGACAAAGUGAUGGUGAUUCAUGACAGGCGGGUGGACGACGACGGAUUGUGUAUCGGUGCUGGUGUAUGUGAUUGAAUGACUGAGAUGACCCUGUUGCUUUCUUACUGAUGUGCAUGCACUUAGAAUGGUGGGUAUAUCUGUCAUUCCAUAUCUGCUGAGCUUUUAUCAAGUACCUAGGCUAUAUUGUCUAUUUAAUGAAGUAUUGUUAUUAUUUUUUUA